CUGAGGGACGGAACGCUGCUCCCAGGCCAGGGAAACAUGUCCCGUCGGAAACAGACCACUCCUAACAAAGUUCACUGGGAGCAAGUCUUUGCAGGGCUGGAGGAGCAAGCCCGACAAGCCAUGAUGAAAAACAACUUUCCUGGAGCUCUUGGGGACCAAAGGCCAGCCAUUCACCCCCUGCAAGACCCUGAAUCCAGCAGCAGUAGCAGCGAGGAGGAAGAAACCACCCAGGAUGAAAUUUCUUCCCAUACAUCUGAAGAGGAUGGCUCAACUGUGAAAGUGAAGAAAGAAUUAGAGAAUGCAGAACAUCCUGUGGCCGCAACCCCCGUAAGAGAAAAUGAGGUGCCUGAGUGCUUGAAUGCUGACCCUGUGCUGGGACUGUCACAGUGUCCCCUCUGCCAGCUGGAGUGUGGGAGCCGAGAGCAGCUCAUUGCUCACGUAUACCAGCACACGGCAGCUGUGGUGAGUGCCAAGAGCUACAUGUGCCCCGUGUGCGGCAGAGCCCUCAGCUCACCAGGAUCCCUUGGGCGACAUCUCCUGAUCCACUCAGAGGACCAGCUGUCAAACUGUGCGGUGUGUGGAGCACGCUUCACCAGCCAGGCCACCUUCAACAGCGAGAAGCUGCCGGAGGUGCUCAGCGCAGAU